AUGUCGAAAGCUCCAUUUCGAGUCCAGUUAUGGGGAGUUCAAGAUGACUUCUGCACCAAGCUCUUUGGACAGAAGCUCAUUGCUGCAAUGAUUGGACAAGUUAUGGAAUCAGGAAUCUUUGCUUGUAAGGAUUCCGGUGAGCGGUUUAUCAAAGUCAAUACUACUAUCGACUUCUCCAAGCCUCUCCGACUGCAGUUGAUGGCGAUCAGUGAGGAUAUCGAUGGCUUCUGGGUGAGCCUCAAAUAUGAUUUUUUGCCGAGCUUUUGUUUCCAUUGUGGCCGAGUCGGCCAUGCGCGCCGGGACUGCGGCUUUGAUCCACCAAGUAGGAAGGAGCGGUUCGGCCCGCAUAUGAUUACGAAGAAAGUGGGGAGAAAAUUUUAUGAGGAAGAUGGCAAUGAUCUCCCUCUCGGGGGGUCCGGGCGCUCGGUGUGGAUAAACCGCCAAAAUCGUACUAUCCCGAUGGCGGAAAGAGGUGAUUCUAGCUCGGGAACGAGGAAGUAUAAUCCGACUUCGAUGCAGGCUGCCCCCUCCCAUGCUACAAUUGGCGCGGCCUCCUUCGACAAACCAAACUCGUUCCAGGGAAAAGGGCCGGGUCGGUCUCCGAAUCGUCGAGGUAGUCCGGGUCCGACUCGACGAGGCAGUCCAGCUGGGAUUGUCCUUAACCGCCACCCCAAGCUCAGGCUAGGGAACAACAGGCAGAAGCAGGUGGGAACCAACAAGAAGGAGGUGAGGAUGGCGGACGCUGACCCCCCGACUGUCAAGGUUUAUCCGCAACACAGUUCUCCGGUCCGGGCGGACUCGGUUUCGAACCUGGGGGGGGGGGGGGAGCAGCCCACAAGGAUCCAUGCUGAUACGCGGCGCCGUCGACUAAUCCUCGAAGAGGACUCUGAUGAUGAUAUGGUGGAUGUGACGCAAAUGCCGACUGGUAAUGGGUUGGGAGUUAAGCCAGAGGGAGCCCCGAAGCACCCGACCAAUUUUAUUAUCCCACCGGAAGCAGGGGUUAUAAUGCCGGGGAAAGGGAAGUCUCGCCGGUCCAAGGAUCACCCGCGGCUCACAGCGGGAGGGAGAGCUGAGAUGCGAACUGUUGGGGAGAUGGGCGAGGCUCCCCAGAUACCUGAUGAAGCUGCGGGGCCGUCGGCGGGUCAGGCUGCUGUUAGUGGAGCUCCUGUGAUGGGGGAUGAUACUCUUAAGAAGAGAAAGCCUCGCCGAGCGAAGACCCAAUUGAUAAGGAAGGAGGGUGAGGAAGCGUUUCCUCGUGAAGAGUCGGCGGUUGAGAUGCGAUCGGCGAGCUCCAAGCCAGUGGCUUCGCGCGGCAGGCGGAUUUUGUUGAAGUCACAGCCGCCGAGAGAAAUGGAUGAGGGGAUUCGGGAUGGUUGUGAUAAGGUGAUGGGUGAUUAUAGACAGUCCGACCCCGAUAGCCUGAAGGGCGCCAUAGAGGCUCCCCAUUCGGCGGAUAGUGAAUCGGAGGAGUCUGGGUUGGGUGAGGAGUCCCAGGAAUUUAUGAUCAAAAAGAGGAGCCCUCUGGCUGAUCCGCUACAGCAUGGCAACCCCUCUAAAGGUCGGGUUAGCCAAGUGGUGGCAGUUUUGAAGUGGGUUUGA